CUUGUAAUUUUUAAUGUCGGUCACACUGGGGUUUCAACUUUCCGGUGUUUUGAUUUCAUUUAUUGUACACUUACACUGUUCAAUUUCAGUAAUAUUUAUUGAAAUGACUGAUUGGGUUAAAAAAGCAGAAGAUCAAGAAGUAUCAAAAUUGGUUGAUAAGCUUGAAAUCGAAUCUGAUAAUGGAAAAACCUACACAACUGGUUUAAGCUCAAAAACAGCAGAUGGAAACGAGGGCGAUACAGCCGACCCGGCUGAAACUAGUUUACUUAUAAAGAUAUUAGGUAAAGGAUUGGUAAACACAAAGUUAUCUCUUGAUAUUCAACAAAAAAAUCCGAAUUCACCAUUACAUUCCGUUAAAACAUUUGAAGCACUUCAUCUGAAACCAGAGCUAUUAAAAGGAAUUUAUGCCAUGGGAUUCAAUACGCCAAGUAAAAUACAGGAGACUGCGUUACCCACGCUUCUUGCAGAUCCGCCACAAAAUAUGAUUGCACAAAGCCAGUCUGGUACCGGCAAAACUGCAGCAUUUGUCUUGGCUAUGCUCAGUCGAGUAAACGUUAAUCUAAACCACCCUCAGGUUUUGUGCUUAUCUCCCACGUACGAAUUGGCCAUUCAAACUGGUGAAGUGGCUGCGAGAAUGGGACAAUUUUGUCCAGAAAUAAAACUUAGAUUUGCCGUUCGAGGUGAAGAAGUUGAUCGGAAUAAAAGAAUCUCAGAGCAUAUAUUAAUUGGAACUCCAGGGAAGAUGUUGGAUUGGGGAUUGAAAUUUCGACUGUUUGAUAUGAAAAAAAUUACGGUUUUCGUAUUAGAUGAAGCGGAUGUAAUGAUAGCCACUCAAGGUCACCAUGAUCAAUGUAUUCGAAUUCACAAAAUGUUAAGUGCCCAAUGUCAAAUGCUAUUUUUCUCUGCAACAUAUGAUAAAGAAGUUAUGGAUUUUGCCCGUCUUAUAGUAACAGAACCAACUAUAAUAAGAUUAAUGCGAGAGGAAGAAUCGCUUGAUAACAUAAAACAAUAUUAUGUUAAAUGCCAAAAUGAAGAUGGAAAAUACAAUGCAAUUCAGAAUAUUUAUGGGUGUAUAAGUAUUGGACAGGCGAUAAUAUUUUGUCACACCCGAAGAACUGCCGCUUGGCUUGCAGCAAAAAUGACUACCGAUUGUCAUUCUGUAGCGGUGUUGUCCGGUGAUUUAACUGUUGAGCAAAGACUGGCUGUUUUAGAUCGAUUUCGUUCUGGGCUGGAAAAAGUUCUAAUAACUACAAACGUUUUAUCAAGAGGUACUAUUUAUAGAGGCAUUGAUAUUGAGCAAGUUACAAUAGUUGUAAAUUUUGACUUGCCAGUAGAUGUUCGAGGAAAUGCUGAUUGUGAAACAUAUCUCCAUCGAAUAGGCCGAACUGGACGUUUUGGUAAAUCUGGAAUUGCCAUAAAUCUUAUUGAUGGAGAGAAAAGCAUGGCCGUUUGUAAAGCAAUAGAAAACCAUUUUAAAAAAGAAAUACAAAUAUUAAAUACUGACUGCGCCGAUGAUAUAGAAAAAAUUGGAACAUAAUCCAUUUAUAUAAUGUAAAAUAAAAACAAAAUUUGAGAUCCCAUUUAUAUUAAUAUUAAAUUGGAUAGUUGGAAAUAAAUUGAAAACAAUUAUAUAAUUCUGCGCUGUUUAUUUAAAUAUACCUGCAUCUGUCUUAUUAACGAAGAAAACCUUAUUAACGAAAUACUAUAGUCUGUAUAGACUGCGUCGAUAAUAAUAGAAAUGAUGCUUAACUAUUCAAUGGCUAUGUUCAGUUACCGAGGGUUUUCGGGAGUUUUACCGCGAGAGAGCGAGACAACGAUCGCGCAUGACGGCAGAUGCAGGUGGCCGAUCGAAUGCACGAGAGCGGGUGUAGCGAAUAAACAAUUUCAAUAAAUGAUUGCCUGCCAAACUUUCCGGCGGCUGCUUGACCCGACAUACUCCCCCCAUUGGAAGGGGCAUGAAGGGGCUGCAGGCACAAUUUAUUGACUGCCCGCCUUAUAGCUCCGGACACCGCCCUCAGCAGCGCACCCGACACACUCCAUCAUCGUCAUCUUCAUCUUGCUGUCACUGCAGCUGGGCGAUGGCAUCUCGGUAGCCAUUUCGCUGCCAAAGUCCAAGAGCUUCACAUCCACUCUGGGGAAUAUAUGACCUAUCACACUAACCACCACUGUGCAGAUCCCGGCCAGACGCUUCUCCAUGUGCUAAUCGAUGUGACGACGGUGUCUGUAGUACUUCUCCUUCUCGUUGACCACUUUGCGAAGGCGUGAUGAGACUCCACCUUCACCGGCUUCGUUUGAGGCUGGACGAGCAACUCUGACUGCUCAGCUGCCAUGAGGACCGUUCCAUCGUCAGGGCCUCCGCCUCCACAAACAAUCCAACCGAGCCGAGUUUUUUGGAUGGAGGGCAAACAAGGAGACAGAUGAAUUUUACCCACACAACGCAACUCGUAAAAUAAUCCAGCUCCAAUUAGCAAAUCAACUGGCUGAGGCUGGUGAAAAUGAGGAUCCGCUAGCUUUACAUUGGCGGGGAUUUUCCAAGAGCUGACGUCCCAUGCAAAAUUGGGCUGAAGGUUAGUGAUGUUGGAGGCUACGAUCGGAGUUAAUUGCGCCGAGUAGUAGUGCAUUGGGAUUGCAAGCUGACUUGCACAGAAAACUCAUCUGUAGAGAACCCUGCGCCUCCUAUACCGGAUACAGUCACCGGAGACGUUAUCUUCCGCAGCUGCAGCUGGUCCGCCAGCCUGGAAGUGACUAGAUGCACCUGCGAGCCAGAAUUGAGCAGCGCUCGGCAGGGCAGUAGAACUCGAGAGCGGUUCCUAACCAGAAUAUUGGCAGUGUCUAGCAGCACCUCAUGACAGCGGCGGACGCUGAACGAAAAACAGCGUCACUUGAUGCGGAAACCUCGGGAGAAAGGUGUUGGCCGUCCACAAGCACGGCAGCUUGACGCAUUGCAAUGCCGAAAUAGGUGCCCAGAUCCAAGGCAGUUACGGCAUAAAUCCAUCGACUAACUUCGCCUGAAGGAUUCUCAGGCGACAAGCUUAAAAACCUUGGGCAGGAGUUUAUUAUGUGAGAAUGGCCAUCACAAAUCAUGCAUGAAAUCCAAGGAAUCCGAGCUUGCAUUUCCUUCCACUUAGACUGCGUGGCAUCAUCAACCUUCUGCAACAGCACUUGGAUUAUGAUGCAGCUAGCAAUCUGCUUCGUUGUGCCCAUGCUUGCCAGGACUCGCACAUGCGAAUUCAAUUUGUCCGAAAGCUCGUGAAGCCUCAUCGCCGAUGAGGAUUAUACGGCCCUCAGGUGCAUUAUCUCAUUAACAUGAGCUUGAAAAAUAAGCCUGUGAUUACUAAACCUUUUGUUUAGCAACUCCGUUAUAAUUUUCGUCCGUGAGCUCCAACGAUCGAACAGUCUCCAAGGCAGAUUUACGAAGGCAGGACCGCAACCGCUGAAGCUUCUCGACCCAACUUAUGAAUGGGUUUGUAUCCACCAUGGUCGAGAACAGUGACCGGAAUCCACAAAAAUGGGAAGUGGUAGUGGCGACAAAGCCUGGAAAGUUCUGCCAAACGACGCAUCAAAAUUUGUGACAGAAGUAGCGUUGAUCAGUGUCGAAGUCGCCGGCAACAAACUGGAGCGCCGCAUAAUCUCCUGGUCCAGGAUGAAUCGUGCCUCUCUCGCCGCAUCUUUAAAGUUGACGCGCAGAUCGCUCCUGAGCUUUGCAACAUCCAGCUCGGACAUCUCCUUGUGUGUGCUCUUGAAAUCCCCGACGAUGCCUUUCUCUUCGCUAAGCCGCACAUUUAUCAUCGCCCCGGAAAUGUCUCCACUGCUUUCAAGGAGGACAGCAAUACUUGAAGGUCCUCAAAAAGACCAACUGCACUUUGGCUCCGGAAUACUUUCCUUCCAGGAGAAGGCACACUCUAAAAACGGAUUCAUUUUCGCAACCAAAGUUUUAUUUUAGUUUGUUUAUUUAUUGUCAGCUCACGACCCACUGUGCAACUUCUAUAUUAUGGGGUAAUAUGUGUAUGAGCGAUUGUAGCACUCUGCAAACAGCGUAUGUAUGUAUGUCAACAGAUGUUAAGAAUGCGCGAAAAAAUCACAAACCGAAUAAUGUUUUUCAAUGUUUUAAUUGGUUUAUGUUUAUAUAUUUUAAGCCGCGCACCUCAAAUUUUCAAUGGACAAUAAUUCAACAAUCUAUUUUCCUAAGAAGUCACCAAUUUUCAGUUACCGAGCGUUUUCGGGAGCUUUAUUUAAUGUUCCAAAUCUAGGCUUUAAUAAAAAACAAGGACCUUUAGAUUUCUAUGUAUGAUAACAAUUUAUUUCAAUGAUUUGGUUUAUAUAUACAACAUAUGACAUAUGAAUGUGACUGCGUAGGGUUGACGACCGAAUUAGAAUAAAAUACGCGGGAGCGCGGCUCAACGAUUGCCAGCGGUCGCUCAGUAACAAUAUCAAAACACAAGUGCAAAUGAUGAUCUUUGAACAUAAGGUCUUUCAAAUUACAAUAAUGCAUAGUGAGAUAGACAGAUCAAAAUAUAAGCUAAUAACAAUUCCAA